AUGAUAGAAAAGCUCGUCCUCGCACUGGUACAUGCGUCACGAAGACUGCGCCGGUAUUUCUCUGGUCAUGUUAUUACACUACUCACUAAUUACCAUCUAGGCCAAAUUCUGUCUAAACCCGAUGUCGCGGGAAGAUUGGCCAAAUGGGCCAUCGAGCUAGGAGGAUACAAUAUCCUAUAUAGACCUCGACCAGCAAUCAAAGGGCAAGUAUUAGCAGACUUCGCCACAGAAGUUCCCAUAGACAAAGUACAGGAAUAUGAGGCGAUCCAAAACCCUAUUCCAGUCUUCGACGAUAGGGUUUGGAUGUUGCACACAUACGGAGCUUCUAACGAUGAUGGUGCAGGUGCAGGCCUCCGACUGGUUAGCCCAGAUGAUCACGAGCUCACAUACGCAAUACGCCUAGAUUUCAAAAGUAUAAACAACGAGGCAGAAUACGAAGCAUUUCUUGCAGGCCUCCGUUUGGCACUUAAAAUGGGGGCAAAAAACCUCGAAGCUCACGUCGAUUCAAAGCUAGUGGCUGAACAAGUUAAUGGCCAUUACGACGCUAAAGGUGAAGCCAUGGCUUUAUAUCUAGAGCAAGCACGAAUGCUUAUCAGCCAGUUCCAAACAUUCAAAAUAGUUCACAUAAACAUAAGUGAAAAUAAACACGCAGACGCGUUGAGUAAAUUGGUUGCCACCAGUUUCAAGCAUCUAGCAAAAGAGGUCCGCAUUGAGCAUGGCAAACUUCAAGAAGGAAAACCGGAAGCUAGGAAGAUCCAGAACAAAGCGCUAAACUACAAAAUGGCAGACGAUGCGCAGUACUUAGUCAGAGAAAUCCACGAAGGAUUAUGUGGGAUACACGCCGGACCACGCAUGGUAGUAGCAAAGAUAAUGAGUGCAGGCUACUAUUGGCCGGGGAUGCAUGUGGACGCAGUGGAAUUAUUACGCAAGUGCGCGGCAUGCCAGCGCCAUGCGCCAAAAAUCCUCCGUCCGAAAAAUCCUUUAGUACCAGUCACCUCCGCCUGGCCCUUUCAACAGUGGGGUAUCGACCUUGUCGGUCCUUUCCCUGACGCGCCAGACGCAAUUAAAUUCAUUAUUGUAGCAGUUGACUACUUAACCAAGUGGGUAGAAGCUAAGACAUUGGCGUCAACCACAGCGAUGGUAAUCCGCAAGUUUAUAUGGGAACAUAUCAUCUGUCGGUUCGGGUUGCCCUUGCGCAUUAUUUCAGAUAACGGCACAAAUUUUGCCUCAGAAGAUCUACAGAAGUGGUUUAAAAAAAUGAAGAUCGAGCAAAACUUUGCCUCUGUGGCACACCCACAAGCAAAUGGGCAGGUCGAAACUUACACAACUUUUGUUGCCAGAGUUGAAGAAGAAAGUGAUGAUGAUGAUUCUGAGUAUUAUGCUAGACAAAUGGCAAAACAUCUAAAGAUGAUGGAAGAAAGCGACAGUGAAGAUGAGAAGGCAAAGAGGAAAAAGAAGAAGGAUUUAUCCGACAGCUGA